UUCAAAUUUGGAAACAAUGCUUGUUAAUUCAGCACGGUAGUAAUAACGUUCAUUGUUUGGAUAUCGUGUAAUGUGUCAGUGUGAAACUGAUUGUGAUAUUGUUUUUUCUUCGUAUCAGCUCAGUACAAAACAAUGUACAAAAUAAACAGUACGGACUGAAAGAUCAUCUAUUUGAUUUAGUUUGUGAGACCUUUUUAAACUCAAGAGAGAAAAUGGCAUCUAAUUUUGAAUCGUCAAUUCAUAGAGGCUGUGACUUCAUUUACGAUUUUUCCUGCUCUCCGUGUGAAGAGAACGGAUUUAACACAGAAGCUCACCAUUAUUGUACUCAAUGCAAAAAAUAUUACUGCCAAAACUGUGUUUCAAAACAUAACGUAUUAUAUCAGAAGCACGCGGUGCUCGACCGGAAGGACGUAAAGCAAUGGGAGGCAGCCCCAGGGGUGGUGGACGCCCUGGAGAGAUGCGGGAUGCACCCCGGGGAGGCGCUGAAGCUGGUAUGUGGUGACCAUGACCAGCUGUGCUGUUCUGUAUGCGUUGCCAUUGACCACAGACAAUGCUCCAAAAUCCAUCACAUUCCAGAUGUAGCAAAAGAUGUUCAGAGAAAUAUUGAGUUUCAACAAAUUCCAAAGAAGAUAGCUGAAGUUCAAAAGCAAUUCGAGAAGAUGAAAGAAGCACGAUUGAAGAAUACGACAUCUAUGAAAAAGACGCGGGCAGCCAUUUCUGACGAAAUUAAAACCAUACGUAAAAAGAUCAACGAAAUCCUUGACAAGAUUGAGAAAACAACUUUACAGGAAUUGGACGGAAUGAUAGCUGAACUUGAAAAAAAACUAAAGAAAGAUAUCGAAACUUGUGAUAAAAUGACUAUCGAAUUACAAAACAUGAUUGCCGCUUUUCAAACCAAAGCAAAAUCAAGCGAGUCAAAAUCAUAUAUUGCGUACAGAAAGAGCCAGAAUAUGAUUUCACAAGCAAACGAUUAUCUUCGUGGCAUAUCAGCCAUUGAGUGUUACGAUGUGACAUUUCAAGCCAAUAACCUUAUAGAAGAACUUUUAUCUGCAGUAAAGACAUUUGGAUCUAUUGAAGAACAAACUGUAAUGACCAAACAGCUGACGAAAAAAUAUCACUUUUUUUUCAGCGGCUUAUGGGAAAUGCCUAGUGGAGAGGUUGUUAUAGCAGCCUUGCAUAAUUGUAAAGUGAAGCUCCUGGACAAGGAGUACAGGAUGCUCGACCACUGUGAUGUCCCGGGGAAUCCAUAUGACGUGUGCCACAUUGACGGAAAUGAAGUGGCCGUUUGUUUUGUCCGUGAACUUUAUUUCAUUAAUGCUUCGAAAGGGAAACUCGUUACUACGAGGAAGAUACGUUUCAGCCAUGUUUGUAAUGCCGCAGCUCAUCAUGUUGGCCAACUUUACAUCUCAUCCGGUACUGCCCUGUACGUCUACACGUUGUCGGGGCAGAAGGUGAAGAUGCUGUACGAGGACAAGUCUGGGGGUUUGACGGUGGGGAAAUGUGUCAUCAGUAACGACGGGAAGACAAUCUUCAUCACAAACAACAGUAAACAUCAACUGAUCACCCUGGACAACAAGGGCAACAAGAUUGCCUUACUCACUGACCCUGAUAUGAAAGAACCUACCGGAGUACACGUGACUCCUGUUGGUCACGUGUUCGUUUGCUGCUUUGCCUCCAACACAGUGCUGCAGGUUGACAAAGACGGGAAGAAAAUGUUGGCCACCCUGGCAAGGAAAGAAGACGGAAUGUACAGACCACGUGAUUUAUUUUUCAGCAGCAGCACUUCCUCUCUGAUUGUUGGUGGAUUUAAAGACACACUUCUUGUUAUCAAGUUAAUUUAAUACUAAAAACUAUCAAUGUUUGAUUUGGUACUAUCGAACUGGGAUCUUCCUUAUAGUUGCAAAGUACAUUUCAGUAUUGUCAAAUAAAAUUGUUGUGUUUAGACCGCUGGCUAUAAGCAAUACGGAUACGAAUCCAAAAGCAUUUUGUGAAUACUUUUAUUGUAUCAUAUUUUGGACAAUUUAAACAAUUUAA